UGGAGCCUACAAGAAAGAGGAAAUCCUCCCCUGUCUGGGAGUAUUUUGAAAUUGUUGCUCACAAUAAAGUAUGUGUAAUUGUUAUAUUGUACUGUGUUAAUAUUAUAAGACACACUUUAUGGCAGUAUGGUCUUUCAUGUCUAUUAUUUCAUGUUUUAAGGUGAAAUGCUUGCUGUGCCAUAAGGAGCUAACAUACAGCAAUAACACCUCUUCCAUGCUCAGGCACUAUCGAGCACUGCAUGAGCAUGCACAAACUACUGUCAAUCCACAGACAAGUCAAAUUUCAAAGAAAGAAAUGGUGAAUGAGGCCUUGGUGAACAUGAUCAUCAAGGACUCCCAACCCUUUUCCAUCGUGGAGGAUGCUGGGUUUAGGGAGCUUCUGCAAGUGUUGGAUCCCACUUAUGUUAUUCCUACUCGAAAGGCUUUGAAGGGAUUGGUUGAAAAUAAAUACAGGGAGACUAAGGAGAAGACAAGAGAGCAGUUGCAGAAAGUUGUGUCUGUAAGCCUUACAUCUGACAUGUGGACAUCACUACACAUGGAUGCAUACCUAGCAGUAACCUGCCAUUUUAUCAAUGAAGAGGACAAGCUCUGCACCACUUUAUUAGAUGUACAACAUUUUCCUAAGUGUCAUACUGCAGAGAACUUGGCUACUGGACAUAUGAAGAUCAUGGAGGAGUGGGGCAUAAAAGAUAAAGUAAAGUGUCUGGUAACUGAUGCUGCAGCCAACAUGAUAGCAUGUGUACGAACAUUAAAUGUUAGGCAUGCAAUAUGCAUUGCACAUGCACUUAAUUUAAUUGUAAAGAAGUCUUUUGAUGACAUCAGUAGCUUCAAUGAAAUUCGCAUUAAAUGUAGAAAACUUGUGACAUUUUUUCGAACAAGCACUACUGCAAAAGAGAGACUGGCCCAAGUACAGGAACAGAUGGGGAGACCAGUUCUUAAGUUAAUCAUUGAAGUGGACACUCGCUGGAACAGCACUUAUAACAUGCUAGAACGACUCCAUCAGUUGAGAGAACCAGUGGGGGCAGCCCUGGCCUCUCUAAGGACUGACAUCACCCCUCCCACAGCACUGGAGUAUGAGGCAGUUCAAGAUGCUCUCCAUGUUCUUGCCCCUUUCCACCAGGCUACAGUAGAGCUUUCUGGAGAGAAAAGAGUAUCUGCCUCCAAAGUGAUACCUUUGAUGAAGAUGCUACAUCACAACAUAACAAACAAAUCUGAAGGCCUCAACACAAAUUGCGCAAGGCAGCUGGGUGACAGCCUGCUUCAGAGGGUCAGGGAAAAGGCUGUUCAUUUAGAAACACUAAGUGUCAUGACUAUACCCACAUUACUGGAUCCCAGAUUCAAAAAAAUUUGAUUUUUAAGUCAAGGAAAAAUGCAAGAAGCCAUAACAAGAUUAAAAUGUGAAUGUGCUGCUGUCAUCAGAAGUGCUGGUGUUAAUUCGGUUUCCACCAAUACCCCCCCAGCUCAGCUGCCAGCCUCUUCAGAAGCAGGCCAAUCUACAAACCACCGUAAGUAGAAUAUUUUUUGGGGGUGUAUAUUUUCACAUUUCUGAUUAGUACAUUGUUAAUGGAGAUUUUUUCUUUGUACUAUUACUUUUAGGUGACCUUUGGCACCUGCUGGAUAGCACGGUUGAUCUAAGUAGAAGGAGCUCAAGUGCAACCGCAGAUGCUACUGUUGAAGUGGACCGAUACUUAUCUGAAGUGAAUGUAACAAGAACGGAGGACCCACUUGUAUAUUGGGCUCAACACAAACAUCAAUACCCACACUUGUACCAGCUGGCACUGUCAUUUUUAUGUUGCCCUGCAUCUUCUGUUCCAUGUGAAAGGAUUUUUUCCAAGGCUGGAGAGGUUUUAUCUAAAAAGAGGAAUCGUCUUAAUCCCAACACACUACAAAAAAUUCUGUUUCUCAAUAAAAAUCAAUAAUACAUUCCAAAAUUAUGUGUUGCAAUUUUCUUCAUGGUACCCUCAGUCCCAUAAGCACUAUACAGCACUAAAACUACUAAUGGUUCCACUUUAUACACACA